GCAAAAUCUCAGACCAGGUAAGUUUUUUAGAGGGCCAAUAGAAGGAAACAGCAAAAAUGAGUGAUGAGGGAUUCUUGAUGAAUUUACCUUUUCAUAUUAUUUUAGACAUUCUCUCAAGACUACCAGCCCAAAGUAUCUUAACCUGCAAGCUUGUUUGCAAGAAAUGGCUAUGCCUAAUCUCAACACCUGAGUUUGCUAAUUUGCAUCUUUUUAGAUCGACUCCUGGUCUUGUUGUCUUCAUACAUGAGUCAGGUGGAGCUGAAUUUUGUCGACUUUUUGAAUUUAAUGAUAACGCUCUUGACCAUCACGAUCUUCACUAUGAUCCAGAGAUCAAAUUCGAGCUGUCAGCAUCGCUUGGCAUCAGCAGUGGUGCGACAGUGCAGGUAGGAUCCAUCAAUGGUUUGGUUUGCUUGCGCAAUUUUUAUCGUAAAUAUGAUGCUCUAUAUGUAUGCAACCCCAUUACACGGGAGUAUGUCGCCCUUCCGGUGCUAGACUGGCUCUUUGAAUUUCCCAGCGAAGUCACUUAUGGGUUCGGAUUGAGCAUAAUAAGUGGCCAAUACAAGGUUGUAAGAAUCUUCCACGAGUGUGUCCUUGAUCCCACAACAGGGACAAUCUUAAGUAUUCCAAAGUACGAGUGUCAUGUUUACACCCUUGGAACAGGUUCAUGGAGAAGCAUUGAGGGUGUCCUAUUUGCAUAUAAUUGUCGUUCUGUUGGUCUAUUUUUCAACGGAAAUCUUCAUUGGGUGAUAGAAGAUUUAGAGGGCUCCGAGUUAAUUUCUUGUUUCGACGUCGAAAAAGAGUCGUUUCAGCCAUUCCCCUUUCCCUUCCCCGGUGAACGACAUAAACGAGCUCUUCACAGCCUUGGAGUUGUCGCAGAUUGUCUAUGCUUGUGCGACAAUACUUCAGAUUCUGAAAUUGUGAUAUGGGUUAUGAAGGAAUAUGGAGUGAAGAAAUCAUGGAUCAAAGAAUUUGUCAUUAGCAAGAUGCCAGAUUUUGCGGGGACUUCAUAUGAAAUGGUUCAUGCUUUAAAAGUUUUUGAAAAUGGGGAUAUAUUGAUGUCAUGGGACGACUACUAUUUGUUUUUCUACAGGAAUCAGAGCAAAACUUUGCAACAAGUUGAAGUUGUUCCAAAUAAUUCCAUUCAGACCAUGCUUCAUGUCCCAAGUUUAUUUUCACUCAAGAAUUUUACAGAGAAUGUAAGGGUGUUCUGAAUUCUUACACUGUCCAAUGUUUUGUCAAUAAUCUUAUGAAAACGGGAAAUGCUUGGUUUUGGACCUGUCCCAUUUUCUGUUUUCAGGUAUUUUGAUCUUUUUUGUCAAUAUUUUAAAACUCGGCCGAGGAACUGGUUGAACUUCAUAUGGGUUAUGAAGGAAUAUAUGUGCUGAAGAAAUCGUGGACAAAAGAAUUUGUCAUCCGCAAAUGCCAGAUUCUGUAUGGCUGAGAAAUUUGAAAAUUCUUGCUUGAAAUUUUUUCA